AUGAAUUCGCAAGAACGUAUUCCUGUCACGGUCAUUACUGGCUUCUUGGGCUCGGGAAAGACCACUUUAUUAAACUAUAUUCUGGAUCAAAACAAACAAGGAAAAAACCUUCGUUUGGCUGUGAUUGAGAAUGAGUUUGCUGCUGCGUUUGGGAUUGAAAAUGAAAUCUUGCAUCAUGACAAGACAGAAGAUAUUCAACACCUUUACGAAUUUGGCAUGGGAUGUGUAUGUUGUUCUUCAAGUGGUGAAUUGAUCAAUGCCCUGGUUGAAAUUGCCAUGCGUAAUUUGGAAGAACCCAAAGAGAAGCGUAUUCAACAUGUCAUUUUAGAAACAACAGGCUUAGCAGAUCCAACGCCUAUUCUUCAGUUGAUCACUCAAGGUGCCGACAGAAAGGGUACAGAUGACAUUGUCCAAAACUACUAUGUCAAUCAGAUCAUUACCUUGUUGGACACAAAGCAUUUUUAUCAACACUACUUGAAUGCUUCCACUGACUAUAAAAACGAAUUACUGGCUCAAAUCUUGACUACAGACACGAUCAUUUUGAACAAAAUAGACUUAUUGGACAAUUCAACUCAAGACUUGGAGACCAUACAACAGCUGAUUCAGACACAUAAUCCAACAGCCAACUUAUUCAUGACUUCCUUUGCUCAAGUGCCUAUGGACAUCAUUUUGAAUGCCCGGUCUCAACAGCCCAUUCAACCCAAUGCACUUCAAGAAGCUGCCAAGACACAUGAUCCUUCCAUUGAACAAACCAUGGUACUUGCGCCUGGAUAUGUUGACCUUGAAGCCACUCAACAGUUUAUCAAAGAUGUUACCUGUCAAGGCCAUAUUUACCGUGUCAAAGGUGUCUUGGCACUCAAAACUAAACCAGAUACUAAAUUUAACAUGGACUAUGGCAACCAGAAGAAACAAAAGAAAGUCGAGUGA